CAUUGGUUGUUGUUACCAACUUUUAAGUAAAAAUGGUCUAUGAUACGACCAAAACUGGCUUAACACCAAUUGAAAAAGAAAUUGUGAUUAAAAGAAAACGCACGAAGUUAAUCUCUAAAAAGACAAAUUUUCCUAAACUGGAUUUUCAAGAAUGCAUUCAACCAGCCCCGGUGACAGCUAAACCAUUUGCUACAUUGUGCAAUCCAUUCCGAAAAGGCUGCUCUAUAUUCUGCAAUCAUCCAAAUGACAACACAGAUCUUAAAUUGGCCAUAAGAAAAUCAAAAAUGAAAAAAGAAGAGGAAUUAGAUGAUUUUGGAGUUGACAAGAAAGCUUUAGCCGAUAGGGUUGGAGAAGUUUUAGAAGAAUUGCUCACUCGAUAUCGACAGACUCCUACUCCUGGAUCAACACCCGAUGAAGAAAGACCUCUUCCUGCUAGAACAGUUUUGGUCUUGGAUCUUAGAAGGACAACCUCUCAAGAAACCUUAAGCACUACAGCUGGUGGUCCAGGUAAUUCAGGAGGUUUGCAAUCAUCAAAUAUGUCACCUUCACAAAGCUCAUUAUCAAUGCCAGUUCGACCGAUUGCUAAAUCUCCUCAGUCUCCUGUAAAUGAAAAUGUAGCUAUGUUGCCUGAGCCUGAACAAGAGCUGACAAAUGAGCCUACCGAAGAUGAAAAUGAGGUUCAGAAAAGAAGAGGCAAAGUAAAGAAAAAGAAGAAAAAAAAUGUAACGAACCACAUGGACGAGAAAAGUGGCAAGGAAGUCAUUGGCCUGAUUGAACCAGGGGAAACACAGAUUUCAGCUUUUAUUGAAUCUGGUGAUAAUCUAAGUUGGCAAGAUUCAACAACUGCGACACCACAGCCAACUACAGAACUAUUACACACUGGCUUUGGUAUAUUUAAUCUACUAUCAGAUAUUUUUGAUCAUCGCACUUUGAGACAUCUUAGAAGAACUCUUACUGCAGAACAAGCCGAGGGAGAAUUUAGAAGAGUCUGGAGGAAAGUAUUAAAAGAAGCACUUGCAGCAAGCGAUUCAUUACCGGAAAAUGACAUGAGGCCUGAAGUCCGAGAGGAAACUAAAGUUCCACCCUGUCAGCCGGAGAAGUGGCUGUCAUACCCAAGGAAAUUUAAAUAUUCAUCUGCACGAUUUGACAUACCCAUAGAUAAAAGUGUAUUAAAUACCAUUUCUUCCUUGGACUACCUGAAGGAUUAUGUUGCUGCGACACAAGAAAACAGGCUUUUGUACAAUCACGUGUUUGAGAAGUACAAAACACCAAAUGAAGACAAAAGUCUACACAUGGAAGGAAAGGUAUUGGUAGAAGCAUUGGGGAUUAUGAUGGGAAGAGAAUUCACUGAAAAAGAAGUCUCAAGAUUGAAAGAGUUGGUUGACUGGGACGAAGAAACAACAGUGGACUUGAGAACAUGGAUUGGACUUUGUUGUCUUUGUGAAAGAGUGUUUGGUUUAGAGUUCAGCUCAGGGGAUUAUCCGAAUCUUGGGCAGAGAACAGUACUGGAACAAGUGGAUUUUGAUUUACUCAAUGAGGAACUCCCAAAAUUGAACCCCCAUCCAAAACUCCUUGCACUACUCAAUGCUGUGCAGUAUUUACCAGAUCCACCAGUAAGGAAAGAAUGUGAAACACCAGAAGAUCCAACUCCUGAAGGAAGUAUAAUUGAAACUCGGUAGUCAUGAAUUUAAUUACUUUUUAAUAAAUAAUGUUAAUCCAUAUUUUUAAUCA